AUGUCCUUGCCUAUAUAUCAUCAUCGUACAUUGGUUAACAGAAAUGCUCCCUAUAUGUGUCCUGCUGAAUGUGGAAGGUCAUUUGCAACAGCUCAUGCUGUUAACACGCAUCUUGGCUCUGCAAAAAAAUGCCUGUGGUACCGCAAAGGAAAGUUACAAUCACUCGCUAUCCCGCAGCCACAAGAAGAUAAUGGAGAAGAAGCUAGUGGAUUAGACAUGUUAAUAGAUGAUGAGCAUAUGGAGGAGACAAUUGGUGAAGUAAUACAGGAGUUGCAAGAGGAUCUUUUUUCAUUCAUUCCAAUUGCACAUUCUAAUAUUAUUGAUGAUGGUGAGAACACAGCAGGCCCAUCCCUUCAUCAGAACUCAAUAGUCCUGGAUGACAAUGAGGAUGAACGUAUAGAGGUGGAACAUCCCACAGCUGGCAAGGUCAUAAGCAUGGACAAGACUUUACAUCAGAGGUGGAGAAGAGAAUUCAUUGCAGCAGGUGGGGAUGGCAAAGACGUAGAAAUGGGUGAAGCUUCAGACCCCAAGUUCUUCCUCUUUGCCUCGGAGAUGGAUUGGAGAGUAGCAUGUUGGGCAAUUCAAGAUGGUAUAGGGCACCAGUCUUUUAAUUGGCUGUUAAGUAUCCCAGGUGUCAGGGAGAAGCUGGGGCUUUCUUACCAUAAUAUACAUGGAUUACACAAAAUUGUUGACUACAGCAUACCGUCUAGGGCUGAAUGGAAAUCAACUAUGAUAUCUUUUCCUGAUACUCCGAAUGAUACAUACCUUGUCCAGUAUAGAAAUGUACUUUCAGCCAUCAGGACUCUCCUUGGGAACCCUGCACAUGCCAAACAUAUAGUCUAUUGCCCAAAAAAGAUUUUCACCAAUGCAAGGAAAGAAUCAAGGAUUUAUCAUGAAAUGUGGACGGGAAAAUGGUGGCAUGCUAUUCAGGCUCGUCUACCAUCUGGGCAGCCUUGGCUCCUGUUAUUAUUGCAAUGGACAAAACCCAGCUCACACAAUUCUCUAAUUCUAAAUCAGCCUACCCUGUCUAUCUCACACUUGGCAACAUACCCAGAGCUAUACGUCGUAAGCCAAGCCAACAUGCUUGCAUACUUAUAG